AUGGGACCGCCAACGCAGAGCGCCAGCGGUUUAGCCAUUGCCUGGCUGGAGUGGCUGCAGUUUCCGAUCAAGUCGUUCACAGCUCUCUCCAUUCCAGACGUUAGCCGCGAGGAUCUAGAGCACCUCUACCCUUUGGCCUUCGUCAUGAGCAUGCUUUGGCUGGCCGUCUUUGCCUACUGUGUGGUUGCGGCUUGCGACGGCAUCCAUGAGGACUUCGGAAUCUCCACAUCGGUGCUGGGCUACACGAUUGCCGCAGCGGGCACCUCGUUCCCCAACGUUUUCUCGGGGAUGUGUGUGGCGAGGCAAGGCAAGACCACUAUGGCUGUCGCCAACGCCCUGGGUGCAAACGUUCAGAACGUCUUCCUGGCCUUGGCCAUCCCAUGGGCCGUCCAGUGCUGCAUCAACAGGGGCAGCUUCCGCAUGCCCUUCACCGGCUUGGGCCCGGCAAUUGUGGAGAUCUACGUCACACUGCUUCCAGUGGUAUCUAUCUUCAUCUUCUGCAACGGCACGUUUCCGCGAUGGUCCGGCUAUCUUUUCCUGAUGAGCCGUGGAUGCACGUGGGCACCAGUCAUACCCACAUAA